CCGCCGUGUGUAGAGUAAGCCGCAAAGUGAGGUGUUAACCGGAUAACACACAUUUUAAUUAGAAAACUGGAAACUUUUUUUAAAAUCGUUUUGUAUAAUAAUAUAGUUUUGUGAUAUUGUUAUUUUCAUUUGGUGUGAAAUAUUUAUACUCUUCAAGAUGUGAUGCGUUUCUUUAAAGCCGUCAGUCGGUGUCGCCGACUUCAAAUCAGAUGACCGUAAUUCCUCGGACAUGAAUCUUAGUUCAAUAGUGUAUUUGAUCUGACAAAAUAUACAUGCAUACAAUGUACAUAACUAACUAAAUAGAUAAAAGAAAUCCAAAGAAAUUCCAAAGACAAACUAUUCUGUGAUAUUUGUGAUAUUUUAGUUAUACAAAGUAUAAGAUAACUGUAACCAUGGCAUCCACCAUGUUAACUUAUAGAAUGACCAUAUUUGGACUGUGUUUCAUAUUUUAUAUGACCUUGACCUUAGUGUCAACGAGAACGUACAAUGGGAGAUAUUACGAUGAUUCGUCGCGGAACACGUAUAACUCGGAUAGACGUCAAUAUUACGGACCAAUGAGAGAGGACAAGAAUAGAAGAUCACAUAGUGAAAAGCCGAAUAUAAUUCUAAUUAUAACCGACGAUCAAGAUGAGUUAUUAGGUUCUGUAACCACAAUGACAAAGAUGUUAAAGAUUAUGGGCAAUGAAGGUGUAAGAUUUAACAACUCCUUUGUAUCCACACCCAUGUGUUGUCCCUCACGUAGCACCCUUUUAACAGGUCUAUACCCACACAAUCAUCAUGUAUAUACAAAUAAUGAUAAUUGUUCUGGUAUAGAGUGGCAGAAAGUACAUGAACCAAGGACGUUCGCAAAGUAUCUCAGUGAUGCCGGUUACAGAACGGGAUAUUUUGGGAAGUACCUCAAUGAAUAUAACGGCACUUACAUUCCACCAGGUUGGAGAGAGUGGGUGGGGUUAUGUAAAAACUCGCAGUUCUACAACUACACCCUGAAUUUCAAUGGGCAGAAAGUGAAACAUGAUGAUAAUUAUUACCGGGAUUAUUUUCCAGACCUUAUAACCAAUGACAGCAUCACUUUUCUCAAACAGAGUAAACAAUAUUUCCCUACAAAGCCAGUUAUGAUGAUGCUCAGUGUACCAGCACCACAUGGACCUGAAGAUGCUGCCCCACAAUAUCAACAUAUGUUUGAAAAUAAUACAUUACACAGGACACCAAGUUGGAACUACAUGAACAAUUCAGAUAAACAAUGGCUGCUUCAACGUAUGAAGCCUAUGGAACCGAUAGACGCGACUUUCACUGAUAUGUUACAGAGGAAACGGUUACAGACCCUACAGUCUGUGGAUAGUCUAGUUGAAAAGGUGCAUUACGAAUUGCGUCUGCUAGGUGAGCUUGAUAACACGUACAUUAUCUACACGUCAGACCAUGGUUACCAUUUAGGACAGUACGGUAUUGUUAAAGGGAAAGCACUCCCGUACGACUUUGACACAAGAGUGCCAUUGUUUAUGAGAGGCCCAGGAAUUCUCAAAGAUACAAAAAUACCAAAUAUUGUAGGGAAUGUGGAUAUAGCCCCGACUAUACUGGACAUGGCUGGCAUUGAGAUACCAGCACACAUGGAUGGCCGGUCCUUGUUGAAACUGAUCAAAGUACAUAAAGUUAGUCUAAAUUUGCAAGGUGACUUUGUAGAAACUAAAAGGCCAUGGAGGGACACUUUCUUAAUUGAAAGAGGGAAAGUUACAAAGAAUUUAAUCAAGGCGUAUACGCGGGAACAAGAUCGUAAGAUUCUCGAGGACCAUGAGGAUGAAUUGAUGCAAUAUGCCAACCCGAAAUUAAGACGAACGCUGAAAAUAUGUAAAGAUCCAAACAAUCAACCUCCUUGUAAGAUGAAUCAGAAAUGGGUUUGCUUUAGAGAUAGUCGGAACAGAAAACGUACUAAGAAAUGUCGUAACUACAACAAAACUGUAGCAUUUGAUGAUCAAAAUCAGUUUCAAAAAGAUUCACCAGCAAGGACCUACAAUCUACCAGCAAGUACACAAAAGAACCCAAAGUGUGAUUGUAGCAAACAAUGGGAAAACAAUAGACCAAUGACAGAGGCAGAAGAAACUAUGCAAAGGAACUUUUUGCGGAACCAUGUCAAUGACAAAGAUUUUGAGCCCAGAUUUUUACGGAACAAGCGUUCAUAUAACGAAGAUUUGGAAUGGAAAAUGAGACUUAUAGCACAACAGUUAGAAAACAACCGACAAAGGUGUAGAUUUUAUCCGAACAAUACAUUUGCCUGUGACCGUGAUCUUGAACGUGACCCGGAAAAAUGGGACAAUCACAAACUUCAGCUGGAUGAAAUGAUCGAGGAGACGAAGAAAAGAUUGAGGAACUUGAAGAAAAUUCGAAAAAAUAUGAAAAAGCAGCGAAAAAAGUUACGUAGAAACAAGUAUGAUGAUGACGGGAAUGAUUACGAGCGUAACUACAACAUUGACUAUACGACUGAGGAUGACUACGAUGAUGAGGAUAGUGAAGAUUAUGAUGAUGAUGUCAGUAACUAUAGCAACGAUGAGUGUAAUUGUGAUGAGAAUUAUGAACUUCCACCAGAAUUAACAGGGUAUGAAGAUGUGGAGGAUGAUUCAUCAGAAGUAGAUUUUGAUUUAACUUUGAAAAAAGGAAGGAACUGUAACCAUGAUGAUCUUAAAUGUACAAUGCACCACAAUAAUCACUGGAAAACACCACCAUAUUGGACUUUGGGGCCAUUUUGUUUCUGUACAAAUGCUGUAACUAACACGUACUGGUGUUUGAGAACAAUAAACACAACACACGACUUCCUGUAUUGUGAAUUCAUUGACAAUUUCUUGAGUUACUAUGAUUUCAAAACUGAUCCAUAUCAGUUGGAGAACAAGGCUACAAGCUUAGAUUAUGGAAUCAUGAAUCAGUUACACGAGGAGUUAACAGAAUUGAGGAGAUGCGAGGGCUGGAAACAAUGUAGUGUAAAUAAAAAUUAUAAUGAAACCAAUAAAAAACGUCGUCGACGCAGGCGUAAAGUAAAACCUCAUAGACGUGCACGACGGAAGAGGCUGACAGGAUAGACAACUGCUGAUUUACUAAUAGUUUAUAUAUUGUCAAUUAUUUCGUUCUAAAUCUUUAGUAUAUAAGGGUUGUCCCAAAAGAAUAUUGAAUUUCAUAGUAAAAUAUAUUAAUAAGCUUUGAAAGAUCAACACCAAGAUUCUUUUCAUAUGACAAAGCUAUCGGGAUUUGAGAUUUAUAUGGGAGGGUAGUAGUUACCAAAGCUUAUCCCCCAUCCAUAACAAAGCUGAAAUUAAAGUUUCUAUAUGUAAAAUUAUGUCAUGCUAAUUUGGGACAACCCUUACUCUUGAAUUAGAAAAUGUUCGAGAAAAAUUAUCAUGUUUUUAUGUAGCAAUUUGAAAGAAACCAUUUUCUGUGUGAUACGUAGGGUUUGUUAGAAUAUGUAAUUACAUGAAUAUUGAUUAAAUGUGCAUUGUACAUGAAAAAUUAUGGAACAAUAUCUUAUAAAGAAAUGUUCAUGGACAGACUUUUAUGAUAAUCUGUUUAUGUCUUCAUUGAUAUACAUGUAGAUAUAAUAUAGAUAUAUAUGUGUAUUUUAAAUGUUAAUUUUAGCUUGUCAGUCUCAAAAAAAAUUGAUUUAUUAUGAUCACUAUGGUGACCCCGCGUUGUUGUUGUUAUAUAAAAAAAAUAUUUUGUAGCCAAUCACUCAAACAGUUUUAAAGGUAUCAAACUGCACAGUAAUUUGACAAGGGGCAUCAAGGGGCUAUAUAUAUGGAGUUAUGCCCAUUUUUAAUUUUUAAGGGACGAGUGUGGACACCACAUGCAAUGUUUUUAUAUAAUUUGUCUUAUAAAAUAUUUUUAUUUAUCACAUAACCCAUGACCCAGGAGUAUAAUUCUGCCAUUUAUAAAAACUAUAUUACACUAGUGUAAUAACAAUUUGAUGUGAUGUCAUUUGCAUUAUAUUCAAACAUACUAGUGUAAUAAUAAUUUGACGUGACAUCAUUUGCUUAUACAUAGCGUUAAAGUGCGCUAAACUAAGCGUUACACUAUAGAUGCGUCUAUGAAAAAUGACUCUUUUUAACAAUUUACCAUUCUUAUUUUGGGUAUGUGAUAAAUAAGAUAUUAUAUUGGUGAAGGUUGAUAUUAUAUUAAUGUAGGUUCAAUACACAAUUUAUUAAACUUGUUGAGCCAGAGGCUGGCAUAUGGUUUUAUGCAGCUUGUAUAAUCAAUUUAGUAUUAACAUACACUCGUUGAAUAUCCUCUAUUUAGGUUUUUAAAGACAAAAAAUGUGUGUUACAAUUUGCAAUAAAUUUUAAUGUGAUGAAGAUAAUUGUUAUUUGAAUAUAAAUAUAUUUUAACUUUAAACAUGUAAAUAAAUUUAGAGUUUUAUGAAAAAUAAUAUACAAAUAUUUGAACAAAAAAAAAAAGUUGUUUUU